AUGGGUAUCUCGCGCGACUCCUGGCAUAAGCGCUACAAGACCGGAGCUACUCGCCCGGUUCCACACAAGAAGAGGAAGUUCGAGCUCGGACGUCCAGCUGCCAACACCAAGAUUGGAGCUCAACGCGUUCGUCUCGUUCGCACUCGUGGAGGAAACCUCAAGUACAGAGCACUCCGUCUCGACACUGGAAACUUUUCCUGGGCCUCUGAGCAAACCACUCGCAAGACCCGUAUCGUUGAUACUAUGUACAACGCUACCAACAACGAGUUGGUCCGUACCAAGACCCUUGUGAAAGGAGCCAUCGUCAGCGUUGAUGCCGCUCCAUUCCGUCAAUGGUAUGAGGCUCAUUACGCCGUUCCAUUGGCCAGAAAGAAGAACGCCAAGCUUUCCGAGGAGGACAACGCCAUCCUUAACAAGAAGAGAUCCAACCACACCUUGAAGAAGUACACAGAGCGUCAAAAGACCGCCGCUGUCGAUGCCCUCCUUACCGAGCAAUUCAACACUGGACGUCUUCUCGCUCGCCUCUCUUCCUCCCCAGGACAAGUCGGACAAGCCAACGGAUACAUUCUCGAAGGAAAGGAACUCGAUUUCUACCUUCGCAAGAUUCGUGCCAAGAAGGCCAAGUAA